ACUCAAAGUCACUCUAUCUACUCCGAUCACAGAACCAAGGUAAGAACCGAUGAAAAAAGCCUCUUCUUUUUUGGUUCUCGUGACUAUUUUUCUUUUAUGGGUUAAAAUCCUUGCACAGAAAUGAUUUCUUGCUGUUGUUCCAGUAGAUUUCUUGUUCCUAGAUCUCAGGACUGAUCACUCCGUGAAUGAUCUCGUUUCUUUUGUAGGAUUUUGGGUUAUCAAGAUCUGGGUUUCACUAAACCUUGUUAUCGUCUGUACUUCAGAGUAAGGGAUUUCAAUGGCAGGAUAUUCGGAUGAUGAUUCAUUUGGAGGGUAUUCUGAUGACCAACAUUCAACUAGUGGGUACUCUGACGAUCAAUAUUCAGAUGGAGGAUAUUCUGAUGGUGAAGAACAAGAUUUUGACGAUGAUGAAGAUGAAGAUGAAUCUGGUGGGUAUUACAACCCUGUGACAGCAACGAAAGAAUAUGAAUACAGUGGCAAACAGACUGUUCGCUACUAUGAGCCAAGGCCAAGAGAGCAAUCCAGUUCCUAUCAAAGGACUGCAAAGGCCAGUUAUAAGGACAAGCGCCAACACGACUUGUUUCAAUUUGGUGUCUCUGAGGAAGGGAUCUCAAUGGCUGACAAAUUAUCUACGGCUGUUUUUGCCUAUAUGGGAUACGCUCAAGUUCGGACACCAACUCAAAACUAUUGUGGAAAGCAGAAUGACAUCACCUGUUAUGCGGGGUCGAAAAGAAAACAAUCUAGCAAUUCCAACUCCUAUCAGAGGACUGCAAAGGCUUCUUGUGUGGACAAGCAGACUGGUAUCUAUGCUCGUUCAACAACCAAAGAGGUUACCUCUAUGGGAGAUACUUUCAAGGAGAGACCAACAGGAAGAGUUGGUGUCAAGAAUGAUUACACAACGACCAAAACUUGCAGGGUUGGGGACAAAAGUGGCUAUUCUGAAUACCAGGUUCAAGAGAGGUAUCGACGGGUUGAUUAUGAUGGCAAUAACAGCAGCAAGGGCAACUCUGGGAGCAAGGGCAUCAAGGGCAGCUCCAGCAGCAAGAGGAAAAACAACAUCAAGGCCAGCGCCAGUGCCAAAGGCAGCUCCAGCAGGAAGGGCAACUCUGGGAACAAGGGCAUCAAAGCCAGCUCCAGCAGCAAGAGGAAAAACAACAUCAAGGCCGGCGCCAGUGCCAAAGGCAGCUCCAGCACGAAGGGCAUUAAGGCCACUGCUAGCAUAAAGACCGGCUACAGCACCAAGGGAAGCAAGGUCAGCUCCAGCACGAAGGCCAGCGCCAUCAUCAAAACCAGCUACAGCACUAAGGGCAGCUACCAUUAGAAGUAUUUGAAUAAUGUGCUCAUCGUAUCUGUCUAGUGGCUGGAUAUAGUAUGGAUGCUACUAUGUAGUGUUAGCUUGGCGCUACCAUCCUUGUUGAACAGUUUAGGUUUUGUCUUGUGUUCAAGUACAUCCUGAAGUUUAUAUGGUUGCAGAAACUAUUAAUCAAAUGGUUGAUAUGCA